AUGCAAACAAUCUUUUCAAUCGCGCUUGUGAUCUUUUUGGUCUCACAAACCUGCUUCUCAGCUGCAAUCUACCCUCGUAAUGCAACCUCGCAGAGUAAUCAACAGAUCACCUGUGAUACACCUGUUGAUCCAGCACGCGUUGAAGAUAUUGUAUCAAUCAUCAAUAACUAUGACAGUAGUCAUGAUGGGAAUUGUACAUUCAAAGCUGGUUCGGGACUCAAGGGUUGUGAUUUUCUCUGUGAAGAUGGAUCAUUUAUAGUGAUCUGUAACCAAAACCCCGGUCCUGUGAUCGGAAAUUGCAGUACCCUAGGUGAAAUAGUCCAAAAGACAAUUGAUCAAUGUCAGGGUGAUAACUCUACAAUUGUCCAAGGUCAAUUCUAUGAUACAGAGCUAAACUUGACUAUCAGCAUCGGUGGCGGUCUUCAGAAUUGUUCAACCCAUAAUGGUUCUUUGACUCCUUGA